GAUGAGACAGAUGCAGAAAUCACACGAGUCAACUGCCUCCAACGAACAAAUGUCUGACCCCACACUGCCAUCUGCCGGCGGAGACCGCUGAACUUUUUGAGGACGUGGGGCGAGAGACGGCGACAUCACUCGACUGCUCACCUCGUGCUCUCCAUUGAUCCUGCUCGGUGAGCCAGUCGUCAACUAUCGUUAUUUCCGUCACAAGGAAUAAAGGCAGCAGCACAGGAACCUCCAAGGAGAGAUGCGUGGGUCAGGAACCUGGGCCGCCAUGGCGGCGUUUGUGCUUUUAGUCGCGUCACCAUGGCGACGCGGACGGGCAGAAGAUAGAGAAAGACUCGCUAGACAACGAUGAGUACAAUCUGAAUCAAGCCAAGAGUAUGGCAGAGGAGAACAUUCCCUUUGGGAGGCCCUUAAAAUAUGUAGUGACCGAUGAGGUUUAUUUCGACAUUUCGAUUGGCGGCCUACGUCCUAAUGAAGAUCCCGAAGUUGGUCGGGUCGUCAUUGGCUGCUUCGGGGAAAUACUUCCCAUCACUUGCCUCAACUUCGUCUCCUUGGCCAAGGGCUACAGACGAGGCCGACAAUUGCUCACCUACAAAGACACACCUGUACAUCGCAUUGUCAAGGACUUUGUCAUCCAGAUGGGAGACGUGUCUGGUCAGAAAGGAAAGAGUGGUACAAGUAUAUACGGCGAGAAGUUUCAGGACGAGAACUUCCGGCUCAGCCACCGAGGGGCCGGCUGUUCCAUGGCCAACUACGGCCGCGACACCAACGGUUCGCAGUUCUUCAUCAUGCUGCCCGGCCGCUGGCUGGACGGCAAACACGUGGUCUUCGGCAAGGUGCUGCGAGGGAUGGAGCUGGUGAGGAAACUAGGAGAGCUGGAUACGUACAUGAGCGGGAAACCUAAACGGUCAGUGAAGAUAGUGGACUGUGGGGUGGUGGAAAUCGAGAGAAAAUACGAGAUUCCGGAAGCGGAAAUCUACAACCAACACGACAUGACGAUGACGUGACGUCAUCACUUUUAGUGUGCAUGUUCCAAAUGCGAGGAUGACCUCUUCAAGCGAGGAAAACAUCUUUUGUGUUAGAUGUUUAGCAUGGUUAGUCAGCUCUCUCCCACCCACACCAUUUUGUAUGUAGAGAAACUUUCUACGUUUUAAUUAAAUGAUUGUGAUGACAUACACACUGAGCCUUUUUUCGUACAUUAAAGAGUAAGUAGCCUCGAUCACCUUGUUAUAAUUAUGGGCCUCCUUUAUUUCCGGAAAGAGGAAAGGGAUUGUCUCACCUGCAGUGUGCGUGUGAGUUCCAAACAGAAAAGUUCCAGACAAGUAUGGUGCAUGAGUGAUGCAAUAAAAUGUUUAAACU